UUUCAGGUAACAGGGGUAAAGUCUGAGCUUCUGUAGGGUAAAAAAACAACAAAAAAACAAACAAACCAAAAUGAUCUUUCUAAUGGACCUCCAGAUGAUGCUGCUAGAUGUCAUUUACUUCAUCCUGAGAAAUUCUUUGCGGGUUAUCUUGCCUCCAUGCACCAAGCCCAUUGAUGGCGAGCUGGUGCUCAUAACCGGAUCAGGCGGUGGCCUGGGCCGUCUCUUUGCUCUGGAAUUCACCAAGCAUGGGGCAGAAGUGGUGCUGUGGGACAUUAAUAGCAAUUCCAAUGAGCAGACAGCCAAGCUGGUGCAUGAGAUGGGGGGAAAGGCAUACACCUACGCAGUGGACUUAACCAGCCGGGAAGACGUGUACCGCAACGCAGAGCUUAUGAGAAAGGACCUCGGCCGGGACGUUACAAUACUAGUGAACAAUGCUGGAGUGGUGGCUGGGAAGCGCAUCCUAGACUGUCCUGAUGAGCUGAUUGAGAGGACUAUGAAAGUCAACUGUCAUGCUCUGUUCUGGGUGAGAACUCAAUUUUGCCCCCAAAUGAAGGCCCAGAAUCACGGACACAUCCUGACCAUUGCCAGCGUCCUCGGCCUCUUCAGCACAGCUUGUGUGGAGGAUUACUGUGCCAGCAAGUUUGCUGCAGUGGGCUUCCAUGAGUCUCUGGCCCACGAGCUGCUGUCUGAGGAGGUAGAAGGAGUGAAGACAACCCUUGUGUGUCCCUACAUCGUGGACACGGGCAUGUUUGAAGGCUGCAAGAUAAGGGAGGAAGUGGAACUGCUCCUGCCCCCUCUGGAGCCCCAGUAUUGUGUUGAGCAGGCUAUGAACGCCAUCCUGGUAAACCAGCCAUUAGUGUGUAUCCCUCGCCUCACCUACCUGCCUAUUCUUUUCAGGGCGUUGUUGCCAUGGGAAUCUAACGUGACCGCUUAUCGCUUCAUGGGUUCUGACAAGUGCAUGUACCCCUUUAUUGAAACCACGAAAAAACAAGUGACAAAUGGCUCUGUUGCAGUCGCCUAGUCAUACAUUUUUACACAAAGAAACAACUUUAGGAGUACAAAUGUUAACAAUACCUUCAAAGGUAUUUCAAAGGGUCCACAAUACAUCAGACAGGACAAAAAAAAAGAAAGAAAAAAAUGUGGGUUUUGUGAACAACAGGCCAAAUUGUCCAUCUGCUGCCAUGAGUCAGUCAAAUGGAUAUAAUAAAACAGACUUUACAUUUUCAGGCUGAUCAUUUGGAAGUCUGUACUGGAUGACAACUCAGCCAAGUAGUCAUCAGCCUCCAAGAAGAUUUCAAUAAUGCUCAUAUGAAAUGUAAAGUGCCCUUGAAAUGUUUUCACCAUAAAUCUGUGAAAUGCCCAAACAGUGAUUAAAUCCUACACUGAUCCAAAUGGGAAAGCUUCUUUAAUAGCUGUUAUGCAAUCCUCUAUACUCUGUUAUAUUCACAUAUAAUAAAAUGACCUAAAACAACACCUACAAAUGCUGUUAGAACACAGCAAGCGACGCGUCUGGUGCAUUGUUUUCCUGUAAAGAUCAUAAACUGUAAGCAAGCAAAAGUAAGUAACACUGCAAAAGGGGAAUUUUAUUAAUCUUUCUCUAUGUAGACCAAGAAUAAUAACCUUAAUAAUAAUGCAUCUAGUAUUUAUGAUGUAUGACUUACAUAUAAAAAUAUGUAAUCAGAAUCAGAAUUGUCAGAAUAAGAACUGUCCCUUCUAGAAAAAAGAUGCUUAGCUCCACUGACUGAAUGCUAAUAUGGACUUUUGAGUGGAAAAUUCUGGACAAACUGCACUUGCAGAUCAUGCAUGUAUGAGUGCACGUGUAGUUUACGUAGUAGAAGAAGGCUAAAAAGUAUUGCUAAUCUCACAAGACAGAAGUGACACUUCUGUCUUGUGAGAUUAGCAAUACUAAUCACAGUCACUGGACAAACAUUCUCUAAUUUUAUGCAAGUGAACGAGUAUGACUAACGAUGAAACAUUUCCUGCAGCACAAUGUGGUGUUGUAAAUGUCUCCGGUCAUAAUUCCCAGAAUGAGCUCUUGUUUGUGCACUCAAGGAAGAACAACUGAAAAGUCUUGGAUGAGAAGAUUCAGAUCAUACACAUUUGUUUUUAUGAAGCAAAUAUUUGGUUAUAACGCAACAAACAAUUAAUAGGACUGUUAAAGUAAAUACUGUAAAACGAACCCUGAAUUCAAUUAGCAGAAUCAAUAUUUAUUCAGAUAUAGAUUUACUGUAAUGAUACCUUCAACCACUGAAUCGGACAUUAAAGAUGCAAUAAAAGCAAUUUUAAGUAUUUUCUAUAAAAAUGUUAGCAAGCUACCUUGAAUAUGGUUAUGAAAGAGGGGGCGAAACUUUAAUUACAGAAUAGGUUUUCAAAGCCACUACCUGAGUGACAUGCUGUUAGUACUGUGUUGGUACCCUGUUUAUGUCUUAAGAACCACCCUCACUUUUUAUGGCACAAAUUAAAUUCAACAAGGUGCUGGAAACAUGGAUUUUGGUCCAUAUUGGCAUGUUUGCAUCACACAGUUGGUGCAGAUUUGUCAGCUGCACGUCCAUGAUGCCAAUCUCCAGAUCCACCGAAUCCCAAAGGUUAAACAAUGCUCAAGGGCCCAAAGUGUGCCAAGAAUAAUUCCCCACAGCUUUACAACAGCAACAUACUGAACUGUUAACACAUGACAGGGUUGAUCUACGCGUUCAUGUCAUUUACUUCAAAUUCUCACCCCACCAUGUGAAUACUGCAGCAGAAAUCGAGGCUCAUCAGACCUGCAAUGUUUUUCCAAUUUUCUAUUGUCCAAUAUUUGUGAGCCCAUGUUUAUUGUAACCUCAGUUUCCUGCUCAUAGUGUCUUAGUCUUCUGUUGUCGUAGCCCAUCUGCUUCAGUGCUCCAUGUGCUGUGUAUUCAGAGGUGUCUUUGACGCAUGCAGAGCGAUCCAGCGUUUUCAAUGGAGCAAAUGUUUCAUCAGUCAUCCAAGUGACUUCUUCAGUCUCAGGAGCGUACAGGUUGCCGAGAACUUAUUUGCACAAGCUUAGUUUCUUGAUUUGCAUAUUAACAAUCAUGAAACUAAGCCCAUGGCUCAUUGUUAUGCAAUGGUGCUAGUUUUGGUCAUCAUGCAAAUGCACUGUUUAUAAGGUUUGGGAAACCUGCAGUCAGCUGGGACUCAAGAUGUCAUUUGGAUGAGUGAUUAAACGCUCCUCUGACUGAAAACGCUCUGUUGUCAUGAACAGAAUCAACUUUCAGGCAAUAUGUUCAGACGUGAUCAUCUGCAUGUGGUUAUUUGAGUUACUUCCGCUGGCCUAUCAGCUCCGAGAAGUCUGGCCAUUUUCACCUGACCUCUGGUAUCAAAAAGGCUUUUUCACCCAGAAAACUGCCCCUUACUGGAUAUUUUCUCUUUUUCAGUAAACAACUUGCUACGAAAUAGUUAUUUGCUGCAGAUGCUGUUGACAGUAUCAUAAACAGUUGAAUAUUGAGUC